AUGUGUAUCCCAUUCCGAUCAAAGAAGCACACGUACAGCGGCUCUGAGUACGCACCAAAACCAGCCAUGGGCGCUAUACCAAACUACGGCGCCAUGCCGGGCUACGUCAAUGAUUCCAGGGGUGGCUGGCGCCAAAGCCGCGUGCACGGAAACCCCAGGGAUUAUAACGCCGGCUACAUGGGAGCGAGUGCCGGGAGCUUCGGCUGGGGCGGUGAUGGCGGCGGUGGAGGACACCACGGAGGAGGCGGGCACCACGGAGGAGGGGGACACUACGGAGGAGGUGGGCACCAUGGGGGAGGAGGUUGCGACGGGGGUGGUGGAGGUGGUGGAGGUGGAGGCGGCGGUGAUGGCGGCGGGGGCGGAGGCGGUGGAUGCUAA